AUGUCUACCAAAGUAAAAUGCAUCGUUCUCUCGUCAUUUGCCUCUCUCAUCAGCACUUUCAACACAUUGUCACACGAGCAGAUUUCGUUGAUCCUUCCGCAAGCUAACUCAACUCUUGGUUUCGGUGCUAUACUUGCACUGUCCCACCCAAGCUCUCCACGUCGACAAAGCCUGCUCUGGGCCGCCAAUCUAACAGACAUCGAAAUCGUAGUCCCAGAACAAAAGGAAUGGGAGGUAGAUGAUGUCGAGAGACUCAAGGUGAAGGAGAGCAGUCUAAGCCCAGGUAGUGCGAAAGCAUGGUUAGGACAUUUGGAAGUCUUGAAAUGGUUCCUGGCCUCAGACUACGAAACAGCCUUGAUAAUCGAAGAUGACACAGAUUUCGACAUUUCAAUCCGAAGUUCUCAAAUACCCCUCCUUGCACCCGCCUUCCGCUCCUUGCUCAACAGCACUGGUGACGACCAUACAUCAUACUGGGCCCCAACGACCAGCUGGGAUCUCCUCUACCCUGGCCACUGCGAUGAUCUAAUCUCUACCGCCUAUCUCUCCCAACCCUUCUUUCUAUACAACGACCCCACAACUCCAUUCCACACAGUCCUCCACCCUGACACAGCCCUGUUUCUCUCAUCCCUUUCCGUACCCUCGGAAACUCGUAUUCUCCAUAGAAGCUACUGGCCUUUUUGUACAUUCGCCUACGCUGUGAAUCGCCGAUCUGCCGCCCUCAUCCUAUCUACAUUCUCCAAGGAACCAGCAGGAGGCAUCUCAGCUUAUGAUGUUGCGCUGCUAAGUGCAUGCAGGGAUCGUGAUUGGAAAUGCUGGAGCGUGGCACCAGAGUUAUUUCAUCAUGGGCUCGGGGACUCGGAGAUCUUCAAGGCAGACAAAGCGGAGGAGGGUAAGGGUGAGGAGAGGGAAAGCAAAGGGAGUGCGAGGGGGACGUGGAACCUGGGGUGCGGGGCGAGGCACAGACAGCUUUGGGUUGAUGAAGCGGAUGGAGAGAUGAGGAACCUGAUCAAGGACCUGGUUCGGAGUGCUGUUCGGAGGGGACAGUGUCUGAUUGACAAGGUUAUGGAGGAAGAGACUUGGAAAGGAUGUGAACAUGACGAGUGUGGAGCGCAGUCAUAAUAUUUC